UCCAUGUCCAUGGAGACUCACAGUUUCUCCCUUGGGGUCAGGGUCGCGCCAUUUGUAAAGCGAACUGUAACGGUUUAUCAUGUGCCUCGCUUACGUAACCUUAAUCGAACCCACCCUGCAGCUCAGUGCAUUCUUCCACAACCACCACUUACUAACCAUUCUCCCACUUUGCGAGAUAUAUGCCAGCCUCAUGUCCCCACCCAUAUUUUGCAAAGGAUGGAAGAGAUUGGAUAUGUGAUGCCUACAGAUGUUCAGAGGGAGGCUUUGCCUCAUCUUUUCUCUGGCCGUGACUGUAUACUUCAUGCUCAGACAGGUUCUGGGAAGACACUUACAUACCUGCUUUUGAUUUAUUCCAUCAUCAACACUUUGAAAUCUUCUGUGCAAGCGCUUGUUGUCGUCCCCACUCGUGAACUUGGCAUGCAAGUCACUAAAGUUGCAAGGAUGUUGGCAGCAAAGCCAACUGGAGUCGACGGGGAGCAGAAGUCGUGUACCAUCAUGGCUCUCUUGGAUGGAGGAACAUUGAGAAGACACAAGAGUUGGUUAAAGGCAGAGCCUCCAACAGUAGUGGUUGCAACAGUUGGGAGUUUAUGCCAAAUGCUUGAAAGACAAAUUUUCUUGCUUGAAUCUGUGCGGGUGCUAAUUGUUGAUGAGGUUGACUUCAUUUUCAGUUCUUCAAAGCAAGUUAGUUCUCUUAGAAAGCUUUUGACUUCAUAUUCAUCGUGCAAUAACCGUCAGACAGUUUUUGCAAGUGCAUCUAUACCACAGCACAGACGAUUUCUUCACGAUUGUGUGCAGCAAAAAUGGACAAAGAGUGAUGUGAUCCAUAUCCAUGUCAGUCCAGUGGAGCCCAUGCCAUCUCGCCUGUGUCAUAGAUUUAUAAUAUGCAAUAACAAAAGGAAACUACAAACCCUAUUAUCCUUGAUUCAAUCUGAUGCACCUGAGUCUGGCAUUAUAUUUGUUGGUGAACAGUCUGAGAAGUCCAAAAAGGCUGGAAACGCUCCAUCAACAGACCUUGUCAUUGACUUUUUGAAGACAUCAUAUGAAGGGCCUUUAGAUAUUGUCCUUCUCGAGGAUGACAUGAAUUUCAACUCACGCGCAGUUUCAUUGUUGGAGGUUCGAAAAGGAGGUGGAUAUCUGCUUGUAGCAACAGAUAUAGCUGCUAGAGGAGUUGACCUUCCUGAAAUGUCUCAUAUCUACAACUUUGACUUGCCAAGGACUGCCAUUGAUUAUCUUCAUCGAGCAGGCAGGACUUGUAGGAAACCUUUUUCUGACAUGAAAUGUACUGUUACCACCAUUACAGUUCCCGAGGAGAGGUUUGUUCUGCAGAAAUAUGAAAAUGAGUUGAUGUUUAACUCUGAGGAGCUUAUUCCAUAAACCUUGCCUAAACUUCCGGUCUAUAAAUAUGAUAGUGAUAGAUCUUAUUGUGCCUGAAA